GUUGGCGGCCGUGGCGCGGUGGGGGCCUCCCGCGGUGGGGACGACGAGGCCGGGCAGGAGACAGAGGGACAGAGGAGGAGAAGAGGGGGGACGAAGGGGGCUUCGGAAGGGCCCGCGACCGCCAGCAGGGACCUUCUGCGAAGGGUCAAGGAUGAAGUGGGAGCCCCUGGGAUCGUGAUCGGAGUCUCUGUCGACGGAAAAGAAGUAUGGGCAGAAGGUAUGGGUUAUGCUGAUGUGGAAAACCGUGUGCUCUGCAAACCAGAAACCGUCCUACGCAUUGCAAGCAUUAGCAAAUCUCUAACUAUGGUGGCGGUGGCAAAGCUGUGGGAAGAAGGAAAGCUGGAUUUAGAUGCUCCAGUGCAGACAUACGUUCCAGAAUUUCCCGAAAAGGAGUAUGAAGGUAAAAAGGUCACUGUUACAACAAGGCUGCUGGCUUCACAUUUAAGUGGGAUUCGUCACUAUGAGAAGGACAUUUCUAAAGUUAAGGAAGAGAAAGAAAAGGCCAACAGAGCCCUUAAGACUGCAAAGGAUUCCACAAAAUCUGCCCAGAAAGAGAAAGAAGACAGGGACUCUGAAAAGAACGACCCGGUCAAAGCCAGGCCAGAACAUGAAGGAAGCAACACCAAGAGUGGAAAGAAGAAAGGGGAGUUUGAGCAGGAAGAGUAUUAUUUGAAAGAGAAAUUUGAUCAUGUGAUUGACUCCCUGAAUAUAUUUAAAAAUGAUCCUUUAUUCUUUAAACCAGGUAGUCAGUUCUUGUAUUCAACUCAUGGAUUUACCCUUCUGAGUGCUGUUGUGGAGAGAGCCGCGGGUCAGAAAUUCACAGACUACAUGUUGCAAAUAUUUCGCGACCUAGACAUGUCAACAACAGGACUGGAUGAUAAUGAGCCCCUGAUAUACAACAGAGCGAGGUAUUACAUCCACAACAAGAAAGGCCGGCUGGUCAAUGCACCUUACGUGGACAACUCCUACAAGUGGGCUGGGGGUGGAUUCCUGUCCACUGUGGGCGACCUCCUUAAAUUUGGGAAUGCCAUGCUGUAUGGCUAUCAGCUUGGGUCCUUGACAAGCCCUCCCACUGGACAACUGCCUGGCUAUCUCAAGCCCAGCACCAUCGCCAUGAUGUGGACACCCCCCAACACAGAGGCAUCCCGGGACAAAGAUGGUAAAUAUGGGCUGGCUUGGUUUGUUGCGGAAAACAAGCAAGUGUGCGGUUUCUGCAGGCACCAGCGUCACCACGCCUUCCACACCGGUGGGGCAGUGGGUGCUAGUAGCGUCCUUCUCAUUCUUCCUGAAGAAUUUGAAUCUGAAGUUACAAGGGGUCUCUUGCCGGGUCCCCCCCGUGGUGUGGUGGUCUCCAUUAUUUGCAAUAUGCAAUCGGUCUCCCUUAGCAGCACUGCCUUAAAGAUUGCAACAGAGUUUGAAAAGGACAAGUUAGCCCAGUGGACUGGUCCAAACAGCCCCCUGGACUAAGCAGAGUUCCUGAUGAAGAGUGGAAAGUACUGUACACGCUGGCUAUAAAUGUUCACCAGCACCGAAAAGGAACCUUGUGUGCAGAAGUGCCCCCAAUCCUGUGAGAACUUGCCACUCGGGGAAACCAGCUGUGUGGGUCAGACAAUGGCUUUUUAAACAAGGGUGUUUUUUUAAAUCAAAGUGUCCCAAACGUAAGUUGCCAAAAGCACUAGCAGUCAUUACUCUGCCACAUUGAGCCAAGCCUAGAUGCAAACAAAAUUGCUUCAGCUCUUUUCUUUUUCUUGCCAAUGCAUUGAGUUAAACUUGAAGAAAUGCCCCCCUUGAAAACCUGUAGUGGUGAUCUGGCAUGCAUAGGCAGGGAUCCUGUUGGAGACAGCAGCAAUGGUUUGUUAGGCUCCUCAGCAAAGAGGGUUCCCUGGCCAUGAGCACUUUGGCAUCCAACACCAGUGGAAUUGGGACUUUAUUCCCUUCCCACUGGAGCCCACUGUGACAUUAAAAAAAAAACUCCUCCAGAAAGUUUUUCAGCCUUCUGGAGCAGAUUAAUGGAAUGGGAAGAAGGCUGAAGGCAUGGUGGGGCAAUAGGGGGAUCCCCAAUUCUCUGGAUGGCACAGAGGUCCGCUGUGAGUUGUGGAGGAUUCCAGUAGAUCUCAGCGGAUGCUGUAACCAUUGAGAGGUGGUUGAGAGGACAAAUGUAGUGUAGUUCUAAACUGUUAUACCACACUGUAGUACUGAUCUUGGCCAUAGUCAGAUCUCUUGUGUGCUUUUUGGCUUUCCAAAUUGUGUUUGAAAGGCUGACAAUAAUGCCAAAAGCCCAGUUGUGCACGUCUGCAGAUAACCCUUGGGGAAGAUCAGCUGUGCCACCAGUUGCCACCAUAACAGAGGAAGAGUGGAGAUCUCUCAAUUCAGGAUUUGGUGUCUGCUUUUUAAAAGGAAUGGAGGUAGGCAGGAAGGCUGGGGAGAGGGCUGCCUCAGGCAAUGAUCCCUUUAGUCUUUAGCCAAGGAAGGCCUGAGUGAGUUGCUUCCAGUCUCCUUCUGGCUGAGGCUGUUGGCAAGGCUGGUUCUUAGGAAUUUUGCCAAAAUGAAUCUUUCAGAUAUGACUUGACUUUACAAGACACUUUCAGCACAGACUGGGCACCAUUAUUCACUUAAUGCAAUUAGCGGUGCUGUUUUUAAUGAGCUGUAGGCCUAAUAAUCGUUCUCUUGACUUAAGAGUUGACUGAAGUUUCUUGGAGCAGUUCACGCUCCUAUCUGCUGAUCAUGGUAGCAAAAUUACCUGUCUUCAGGUCGGCAGAUGUGUAGUUAUCACUGCUUGACCCAGGUGAAAUUCACUGCAAACAUUUGUGCAGCCUUUGGACUAGAAUCAAUAUUGCUGUUCAUGAAAAUUCCCUUAUCUUAUUUUAAGUUUUUAAACACUGCACCCAUGCUUUUAGUAAGACAGGAGACAAGUGUCUUAAACGUUUUAUGCGUUCUUUCAAAAGCUUGCCUUUCUGUGUGCAUUUACUUGGAUGCACACCUGCUGAACAACUGAGACUUACUUCUGAGCAAGCAUGCAUGGGUUUGGGUAAGAAGAUCUUAAUCUUGCAUUUUUUUUCCUUGACCAGUUUAAAGCUAUCUCUGAUGUCUCUUUAUUGAUGGCAUUUGCACCAUACAGGUGUCCAGGAUACCUUCAGUUCUUUAGGCAUGCCUGCCAUUAAUCAGAAUAGACGCUGUUCAGUUGAAAGUUUCCCAUGCCUGACACCAACUUUGUUUUUGCUCCAUCAACCUCCUAUUUUGGCCAAUCAGAUAUACUUACUCCUGAUUGUGUAAAAUGCCCAUUUGGAUUUUUUUUUUUGGUAACAGUGACUUUUUAUAUCCUUAACUAAUAAACAUCUUACAUCACUGA